AUGACUGGCAAAGUAGAUCCUUGGUGGCCAGCUGUGGCAAAUGAUGCUUGUUUAUUGACAAGGAGAGGGAAGGACUAUGAAGAGAUAUACUGUGUCUACCCAUGGAUGAGGCAUUUUUACAUGGAUUGGGAAUUCACGUGGCGCCCCGAGUUUUUGUUUGACUGGAUGCAUCGCAACAAUUGGUUUCCCGUGGCAUGCUGUGUGGUGUACAUGAUUGCAAUCUACCUGGGCCCCAAAUACAUGGAGAAUCGAGAACCCUACGUCAUGAAGAGGACUUUGGCCGCUUGGAAUUUGCUCUUGUCCAUUUUCUCCUGGAUUGGAGUGGCGCGAUUGUUGCCCGCUCUGAUUCACAAUGUGUCAACGUAUGGAUGGGAAAACUACCUCUGCAUGGACCCCGAAAAUUCCAUUGGACCGAGUGCUACGGGAAUGUGGUGUCUAUUCUUUGUACUCAGUAAACCAGCUGAACUCGUAGAUACCUUUUUUAUUGUGGCCCACAAAAAGAAACUCAUGCUUCUCCACUGGUACCACCAUGUCACGGUCCUCCUCUGUACUUGGUACACGUUCAUUACCCACUGUCCUCCCGGACUCGUCUACUCCACCAUCAAUUUCGGGGUCCACGCCGUCAUGUACUUUUAUUACUUUUUGAUGGCCAUUAAAUGCAAACCCAAAUGGUUCAACCCCAAAUGGAUCACCAUUGCUCAAAUCACACAAAUGGUCGUUGGCAGUGUCGUCUCUACCGCCGCGUUCCUUGUCGUCCGCAAGGAAGGAUGCUGGGCCAGCUGGGAAAAUAAUACCGGGAUUCUGGUCAUGUACGUCAGUUACUUUUUCCUGUUCUUGCAAUUCUUUUUGCAACGUUAUGGAUUGGGUAUCAAUGUCAACAAGGGAGGAGCAAAGAGCAGCGAAAAGAAGACGAAAACGACAUGA